AUGGCUCAACACCGAUUGUUGUCAAUAUUCCAUUUGUUGUUUAUUUUGUCCUGUUUGUUAUUAGUCGCCAGUGGCAGUAUCAUAGAUGACCAGGAUGAUCAAAUUUCUAAUGAACUGGAGGACGUUGAUAAACGAGCUCGCAACCCAUAUUCGUGGAUGGAACGCAGUCCUGAAAAACGAUCUCGCAAUCCUUAUUCAUGGAUGAGCAGCAAUGGAUUGGAAGACAAGCCGAAGCGUGCCCGUAACCCAUAUAGCUGGUUGGAAGCAACCAAGGCAAAACGACAUCUUCGUUUUGUUGAUGAUAUUGCUCGUCAGCCACGCAAUCCGUACAGCUGGCAGUAUACCAUGUUUGAUAAGCGUACACGAAAUCCAUACAGUUGGCAAAACGUCUAA